UUUCAAGACUGCUGAUACAAACUGCUUUAGUUAACUCUUAGACACCUACCAAGAUGGACUUUUUGAAUCGUGUUGUGAUAGUAACUGGUGCAAGUGCUGGAAUUGGGGCAGAUACAGCUAUAUUGUUCGCUCAGCAUUCAGCCAAAUUAGUUGUAGUCGGCAGAAACGUUGCAGCUUUGGAGGAAAUUGCUCGCAAGUGUCAAGAAAGCAGAGGUAUUAAGCCAUUGGUCAUCAAGACCGAACUGACCAGAGAUGAAGAUGUCAAAAACAUUAUUACAGAAACUAUUAAAGUUUUCGGUCGGAUCGAUGUUUUGAUAAACAACGCUGGUAUGGCGAUAACAGCAGACAUCACUGAUGGAAUCGAACACUUUGAUAAAGUUAUGAGCAUAAACAUCCGAGCACCAUACCUUCUAACGGGUUUGGCCAUACCGUACCUCUUAAAGUCUAAAGGAAACAUUGUAAACGUGUCUAGUAUUGGCGGUAUGAAACCUAUUGGUGAUGUAAAGUUUUUGGCGUACGACAUGUCAAAGGCUGCGAUGGACAAUUUUACUAAACACUUGGCUUUGCAGCUUGGACCACAGGGGGUGCGUGUGAAUUCUGUUAAUCCCGGUAUAACUAAAACGGGAUUCGUGAAAACAGCUGGCUUUGAAAAUCCUGAAGAAAUAUUUAAAUCACGUGAAUCAACGCUACCGCUUCGCAAGAUGUGUCAAAGCGAGGAAGUUGCUGAUCUAAUUCUGUAUGUAGCUAGUGAUCGAGCUCGCAGCAUAACUGGCAGUUGUAUUGUCAUUGAUAACGGAGAAAUUCUCUUGUAAUUUUUUUCUACAAAAAAAAUGUAUU